GCAACGUGUCAACAUGUACCUUGUAAACCGAUUCAACAUGGAGGACGCAGGAGCCCAGUGAAGUAAUUGAGUUGGAAACUUUUGGGAAUAACGUAGGAAUUAGUGGACCGAUUUGGACGCAUCUGCAGGAUAACAUUUAGAUUUUAGUACCGAGUCAGCUGCGACGAUGGCGGAGGAAAGCGUCAAGGUGGCGGUACGCUUGCGACCAUUUAACAGUCGUGAGAAGGCCCGCAAUGCCACGCUGAUUAUCGACAUGAAGGGACCGACGACGUACAUCAAGGACCCCUCGGCACCUAGCGAGGAGGCCAAGUCGUUCACCUUCGACUACAGUUACUGGUCCCACGACGGCUCUAAGCUGGAGGGCGACGGCUACAUCGCACCUGAUCCCGGUCACCCCAAUGGGAAAAAAUUCGCUGACCAGAAAACCGUGUUUCAGGACCUUGGUAUGGGAGUACUGACCAACGCCUGGGACGGCUUUAACUCCACCCUCUUCGCCUAUGGACAGACAGGGUCCGGCAAGAGCUGGUCAGUGGUGGGAUACGGCGUAAACAGAGGCAUUGUGCCUCAGUUUUGUGAGGAAGUCUUCAACAGAGUAGAUGCGGAGAAGAAUAACGGAUCUUCCACACAGUUUGAGGUGAACUUCAGUAUGUUGGAGAUAUACAAUGAAAUUGUUAGAGACCUGCUGAACCCAGGGUCUGGCGGUAAAGGCGGCCUGAAGGUCAGGCAGCACCCUAAGAAAGGAUUUUAUGCUCAAGGCCUUACGAGCGCCUUGGUGAGUAGUUAUAAUGACAUUGAGAAGAAAAUGGAGGAAGGCACGACUAACAGAACUGUGGCCGCCACCAAUAUGAAUGCUACUAGCAGUCGUGCUCACACCAUCGUUGGAAUCACACUGAUACAGAAGUUCAAGAAUGCUGCAGGAGAAGAGACGGCUAAGACUGGGAUAGUCAACCUGGUAGAUCUGGCUGGAAGUGAGCGUGCUGACAGCACAGGUGCCACAGGCGACAGACUGAAAGAGGGCGCUGCUAUCAACCAGUCGUUGUCUUCUCUUGGUAAUGUCAUCUCUGCACUGGCUGAAAAAUCAUCAGGGAAAAAUACCAGAGUACCAUACCGUAACUCAGUGUUAACUAUGCUGCUGAAGAAUGCCUUGGGUGGAAACAGCAAGACAAUUAUGAUAGCUGCCCUGAGUCCAGCUGACAUCAACUAUGAUGAAACCCUGAGCACACUGAGAUAUGCUGACCGAGCCAAGCAGAUCAAGACCAAGGCCACAGUGAAUGAGGACCCCACAGAGAAACUGAUCCGAGAGCUUCAGGAGGAGAAUGAGAGGUUGAAGAAGAUGAUGGAGGGAGGAAAUAUCCAGGUGCCACGGGGCGAUGGCGAUGAUGAGAUUCAGGCUUCAGAAGGGAUGUCAGAGGAGGAAAUUGCUGCCCUGAAGAAGCAGCUAGAGGAGGAGUACAAGGCAGAGUUAGAGGAAAAUGCCAAGCAAAUGGAAGAGAUGAAGAAGGCAUAUGAAGACAAACUGAGAGAAUCUCAGGAGGAUAGCAAGGCAUCAUCACUGUCAGAUACCCAAGCCAAGAAACAGACUGUGCCACAUCUCUCCAACUUAAACUUUGACCCACAGCUGACGGGGAAAAUUGUCUACUUUAUUGACGGAGACACCAAGACAGUCGGCAGCAAGAAAGGAGAACAGUCUGACAUUGUGCUGGCUGGUCCAAGCAUAAUGGCACAGCAUGCAGUGUUCACUGUAGAAGGAGGCAAGAUCUUCUUGGAAAAGAUGGCUGCAAAUGCACGCCUGCUGAUGAAUGGCGACCCGGUGAACCAGAAGACGGAGGUGAAACAUAAUGCAAGGUUGAUGUUUGGCACCACCCAGCUGUAUUUGUUUGUGAACCCCAAGGAGAGAGAUGCUGCCAAGACUCCGUACCCAGAAAUCACAUUUGAGAUGGCACAGGAUGAAAUAGCCGCCUGCUCUGGCUUUGACAUGAAUACAGAGAAUAAGUCUCAAGAUGACCUCCUGCUGCAGGAGGACCUGGCAGACAUGAUCCCAGCUGUGGAAGAGGCCAACUCUAUCAGCCAGGAGUUGGACAAGAAGCUCAAGUUUGAGAUCAUCAUUGUCAGUUCAGAGGCCAGAGGAGAACUGUCUGGAAGAACCGAGGUGAUGGUGAGAGUCAGCAACCUGGAGACAGGCUAUGAGUGGGUGUGGGUUAAGAAUAAGUUCAUCGACAGGAAAUAUGUGAUGCAGGAACUUUUCCAGAAAUAUGAUGAUGGUGAGACAUGGGAUGUGCCUCCUGAACAAGAUCCGUUCUAUGAGAACCCAGAGGACCCAGUUCACAUUGGUAGUGUGAAGGUGUGGCUGCAAUCUCUGGCCUAUCUGAUUGAGCUGAAGGAACAACUGGAAAUUACUGAUUUCAGAGGAAGACAGAUGGGAAUAUUCAANACAGGCCUCUGUCUUAUUCUGGAAGUGGUUCCAUGUAACAAGAAGGGUAAAGAGUACACAGAGGCAGAUGAUGUGUUUGUGGAUGACCCUGAGGAACUGGUGGGAAAGGAUCUUCACUUCAUGGUGAAAGUCAACAGUGCCAGGGGCAUCCCUGCCAGAUACACUGAUCUGUAUGCCAGGUUUAUAGCGCCAGGACAGACUGAUUUCACUGAGACUGCACAGAUUUCUGGCACCAGCAACCCCAACUGGAACUUUAAGAAACAGUAUGAUCUGCCUGUGGUGAAACCAGAGCAUGUGAAGAUGCUGAGAGACGGUGCUAUGAUGGUGCAGAUAUGGGGCGAUCAGAAGUCAGGACAGGCCAAAAAAUCAGUGAACACCAAGAAAGAGAUGGAGAAACUGUCCAUGGCAGCACAGCAGGUGCAUCAUGGGAAUGCAAAUGUCAAGACUGUGGAUGCUGGCAAAGUGAAAUAUAUGAUGCAGAGUGCAUUACUCGAAAAGAGACAGAAGAAGUAUGAAGAAAAAAUGAGUCAGUUGCGUAAAAUGGUAAAAGUCGCCAACAGCCAUCACAAGGUCAGGGUUGAGACCAAGGUCAUCAACGAAGUGCUGAAUGCUUCCAGCUGGAAAGAAGCUGAAAAACAGAUCAAUAAAAUCCCUAAAGACUCUGGAGGCGAUGAAAUCCCAAAGUCUGGAGCCUGCACCAUCCUAUAAUUGAAAGAAUGAAAUAAUUUCUUCUCUACAACCCAGACUCUGGUACCUGUAUCCAUGUGUUUGAUCUGAAUACAUCCAAACCAUUUGAUAUAUACAUUGCCACCACUGGCACAUAUCAAACUGGGUCUUAGAAUAUACCUGGAAUAUAUAUACUAUUUACUAAAGUUAGAAGCAUAAAACCAGAUUGUCUAGUUGCCAAGAUGUUAGGAGUCAACGGACAAUACUAAGUACUAGUCGCCCUUUUAAGGCCCAGUGUCCAUCCAUAGACGGAAUAUUUAUGCAUAUCUUGAUACCUGCUGUGCAGGUUUGAUUAUAUGGAUUCACUUUAAUGAAAGAGGAGGGUAAAAACGGGGUAAAAACUGAUUGUUUUAAUGUGUGAAUGUAUUUUUUUUUCAUUGGAGAGCAAAGCAUAAUUAUAGGCAAUAUUGGGUACAUUGAUUACAACAGGGUGAUAAGAUAGAGUCGUUAAUGAUAUGGUGAUAGAAGCCCUGCUCAUGCAAGCAAAAUUUGAAAAUUUUGCUCAUUGAAAUUAUUGUUCUGUUCAUAAUUUUUUGUUGGAUAUUGUUAAAAUGAAACUUUUUGGAAAAAUCCAUAUUUAUACUUUUCUCAGGCUAUACAUCCUUUUUUCAUUUGCAAUUGGUCUUUUAUGCACCUUGUGUAUAAAUCUGGUUCUCUACAGCCUAUGCAUUUUUGCACAUCACAGGGUAAAUGUAUCAUUUAUUUAUCUAUUUACAUGAUUUUAUUUUUGUGGACACUUAUAUAUGCAUUUAUGUUAUAGGGUUGCCAACAAGAUACAUUUCCUGCAUGGAAUGCGUAAAUGAAAAAUCAAUUCAGAUUGUUUUCUUAUGACACAAUUAUGUGUAUAAUGUGAGGACCAAUAACUCUUUCUAUAUUGCAAUUCAUGAUAUUGUUAGAUUUUUUUGUAUAUAUUUGUAGAUAAACGUACAGGAAGUGCACUUAGGUAUUUAAAAUGCAAUUUUUGAUAUUUUAAUUUAUAUUCUGGAACACUUUUUUUCAUUUUAUCUCUCCAGAUACCCUUCACUUUGCAUAAAAAGGAAAUAAUAUAUCACUGUAUUGGGAUGCAGUAUAUGUACAUAUUGAAGUGUAUACAUAGCAAACGCUCAAUCCUUUAUGUAUUAUAUAUACGCACAAGAGUUACAUUUAAGCGCUUGGAUUUUCUCUGUUGUUCAUGUGACAUUCCAUGAAGUUUUUUGUUCUUUAUUCAUAUAUAGUUACAACUACAUCUUUUACUGUAUUUAAUCGGAUUUUUGUGAUAUGAACUUGGAUGUCUUGGUAAAACGUGCAACUAUUUUAAAGGUGUAUCUGGAUGCAAUUAAUUUAGAUCCUUGCUGUCUUCCUAAAAAAGAGAAAAUACGUAUUUCUGUGUAGUAUAGAGGACCUGCCACUAGAACUUUACCCCGGAUUCGCCUUUGAAAUUAUUUAAGAACUUCAGAAACCCUAUUCCAGAUGCCAAAUUCUGAUUGCGCUCAUGUAUGGUUUAUCUGGACAUCGGCAAAUGAAUUAUUGCGACCUUACUUAUCUUUCUUAACACAAAUAUAUGCUUUUGUGAUUUAGAAAACAAAGGGGGUGCAGCAUGGGUCUUUUCUUAAGCCUCUCCUUUACUUCAAGCUGUGUGUUAAAAUCCAUAGAUUUACUUCAAGAGAUUCACCAAGUGCAGAAUAUGGGAAUUAUUGAAGGUGAGCCACAUGGGGUCCUGCAUAAAAUUAAAUGCAAUACUUGGCUCUCUCGGCUUAGUUAAAGAUGAGCUGAGAUUAGACUUAAGCAAGUUUAGUAAAAUAAUAGGAAAUGAGACUCAGUAUGCUUCAUUCUGGUAUAUGUUGACCAUGUUCGUAUACAUUAGGCCUAUAAUUUCCAUUGAAUGUCUUUGAAAUGUUUGCUGCAUGAGUUGCUAUUUAUCUCCUUCAAAACUUCAUUACAUAUAUUCCAUAGCAGUAAUUCAUCAUAGAAUUGAUGCCACGCUUAGCCCUGCUAUUUGUAAAUGGUUUUUAAGAAAAAGAAAAUGCCACAAAAUGUUCGCUUUGUCAGUUCGUGCUGGUUCGUUUAGCUUCAGAUCUUCUCCCAUAGAUGAUGACACAUACAAUGCAAAGGUAGCUUGUCAAAGAAGCUGUGAUACUGUGUACAUAUACAAAGGUGUGACGCGUGGCUUGCUGUGCCCUUCUCAUUUUUUAUUGUAU